AUGGGGGUGAACACAGAUGGUAAGGAGACGGGUCCAGGAUCAACAGUAACAGAUGGAGUCGAGCACACUGAGAAAGUUUGCGAGUUGGAACAACAUCGUGACAAUGAGAAGAGUCUUCCUCAAGACGCUGAUUGUGACGUAGGAAUUCAGGAACACAAACCGGCCAAGGGAACCGGUAUACCACUGAUCACAUCACUGCAAAACAUACCAUCACAACAUAUUUCCGGUGCUUUGGAUACUGAACACAAUGAAGCACAGAGCAUGCAUACCCAUGGAGGAGAUGAAGUACUUUCUAAUACUUCUACAUUACUUCGACCUGAUGCAGAUAUUGAGGACGAGAAGACAGAGCUGUCACACAGCGCUCUUGUAAAUUUGAAUACCGACACAUCCGCUGAUGACAAGUGCGUCCUAAUGGAAGAACGCACAUCUUCUCUGCAGCCAGGAGAAGUCAUGGACAUCUUAGAGACUGAUCCGAAUGACACUUGGGAUGCAAUGUAUAACAGACUACUGGAUGAAAUGCCUCCGAGUGAUGCCACUGCGUUCAAACUAGAGCUACCAUUCAACCCCGACAUAGACCUGAUGGAUGAGGAAGGAUACACACCACUAUACAAUGCAGCUUUAGAAGGUGAUCUCGAAGGUGUUGAUGAUCUCAUUUCACGGGGAGCUGACCCAAAUAAACCAAGUAAGGGUGGACUUCGUCCUCUUCAUGCAGCGGCUCACGAAGGACAUACAAACAUCGUUGACUUCCUUAUCCUGCAGGGAGCGGACGUGAAUGUUGAGUGUGAGCUGGGUCAGACACCUCUUCAUACAGCGGCUGCAAAUGGUUAUGUUGACAUCUUAGAGAGCUUUACUGCAGAGGAAAGUCAUGUGAACGUGGAAGAUAACACUGGCUGGACACCUUUCAAUGCUGCCGUUCAAUACGGACAUCUUGAAGCCGUCAAGUACCUCCUGACUAAAGGAGCGAAUCAGAACAGAUAUGCUGGUAUGACCCCACUAUAUGCGGCUGCAGGAUUUGGCCGACUAGAUUUCGUCGAAUUCUUCAUAUCCAAAGGAGCUGAUGUGAACGAAGAAGAUGAUGAUGGGAUGACUCCUCUCCAUGGUGCAGCUGCUCGCGGCCAGUUGAAAGUCAUGGAAUAUCUCAUUCAGCAAGGAUCUGAUGUGAACAAAGGUGAUGCUGAGGGUUGGACACCAUUCAAUGCUGCUGUUCAGUAUGGCCAUCUAGACGCUGUCAAACAUUUCAUGGCUGAAGGUGUGGGGCAGAACACAUAUGAUGGAAUGACCCCACUCUAUGCCGCAGCAAAAUUUGGUCAUUUAGACGUCCUCGAAUUCUUCGUUGAUUUAGAAGGAGCUGAUGUGAACGAAGAAGAUGACAAAGGAAUGAUUCCUCUCCACGGUGCAGCUGCCCGAGGCCAAUUGAAAGUCAUGGAAUAUCUCAUUCAGCAAGGAUCUGAUGUGAACAAGGCAGAUGCCGAUGGUUGGACACCAUUUAAUGCUGCUGUUCAGUAUGGCCAUCUAGACGCUGUCAAAUAUCUCAUUACUAAAGGAGCAACGCAGAACAGAUAUGAUGGAAUAACGACGCUCUAUGCUGCUGCACAAUCUGGUCAUCUACACAUUGUCAAAUUCUUCAUUUCCAAAGUAGCUGAUGUGAACGAAGAAACUGACAAAGGGAUGUGUCCUCUUCAUGCUGCAGCUAAUAAAGGCCACCUGAAAGUCAUGGAAUAUCUCAUUCAGCAAGGAUCUGAUGUGAACAAGGCAGAUGCCGAUGGUUGGACACCAUUUAAUGCUGCCGUUCAGUAUGGCCAUCUAGACGCUGUCAAAUAUCUCAUAACUGAAGGAGCAAAGCAGAACAGAGAUGAUGGAAUGACCCCACUCUAUGCUGCAGCACAAUCUGGUCAUUUAGACAUCGUCAAAUUCUUCAUAUCCAAAGGAGCUGAUGUUAAUGAAGAACAUGACGAAGGGAUGAUUCCUCUCCAUGGUGCAGGUGCCAGCGGUCACAUAGAUGUCGUUAAAUAUCUCAUUCAGCAAGGGUCUGAUGUGAACAAGGCAGAUGCCGAGGGUUGGACUCCAUUCAAUGCUGCUGUUCAAUAUGGCCAUCUUGAAGCUGUCAAAUAUCUCAUGACUAAAGGAGCGAAGCAAAACAGCUAUGAUGGAAUGACCCCUCUCUAUGCCGCCGCACGAUUUGGUCAUUUGCACAUCGUGAAGUACUUCAUUUCCAAAGGAGCUGAUGUGAAUGAGGUAACUGACAAAGGGGUGACUCCUCUUCACGGUGCAGCUUCUAGAGGCCACUCGAAAGUCAUGGAAUAUCUCAUUCAGCAAGGGUCUGAUGUGAACAAGGCAGAUGCCGAGGGUUGGACUCCAUUCAAUGCUGCUGAGCGAAGCAAAACAGCUAUGAUGGAAUGA